AUCAAGCCUUUCACCACCGAGAUGUUUGCUCUGCAACAAUUUGUGGUCGUUCAUAUGCUGACAUUCCUCGGGCAAAAUGUCCUUGGAAGUAAAAUUAUAGAUGGGAAAAUAGCCCCAGACAACGAAAUGCUGUAUAUGGCAUCAGUGCAGGAUCACGGAGGCAACCAUGUUUGUGGAGGAUUUCUUGUUUCUGAGGACUUUGUAAUGACUGCUGCACACUGUGACCUGGAUCUUAAACGUGUAGUUCUUGGUAACCACAACCUCAAGAAGGCUGAGAAGAAAAUGAAGAUUGCCAAGAAAUGCAAACACCCAGAUUAUAAGAAUGUUGGCCAUGGAUAUGACAUCAUGCUUCUAAAAUUGUCUACACCUGUCCAACCAAGCAAAAGAAUUCAAUUCAUUCGACUUCCCUUCCAUGAAAUGACAUUAAAGGAAAAUGAGAAAUGCCAAGUGGCUGGAUGGGGUAAGAUAAACACUUAUGGUAGUGUUGUUGACGACCUGAGAGUGGUGGAUGUGUCGGUCAUCAGCCCACAAGUCUGCAGGAAAGAAUGGGGUCAUCUUCCACCCAAUAUUAUCUGUGCAGGUGGAUACAACACAACAAAAGGAUUCUGUCAGGGUGAUUCUGGUGGCCCUCUGGUGUGGAAGGAAAUGGCUGUCGGUAUUGUUUCUUUCAACAAAAGCAUUCCAAGAACCGAGCUGGGAAAUUGUAACUAUCCAGAUGUCCCCAAUGUCUAUAUGGAUAUCUCAAAACACCAUUACUGGAUCAGGAAGAUUCUCAAGGAAAAAAAAUACAAAAAGCUUUGCGUCAGCACACUGUAAGUGUGGAAGCUGUGCCUCUG